AUGAGUGGCAGCAAUCGCUCUAUCCAUCCGGAGGAGCUGUUUAUCAAUGAUACCGUUCAAGAAUCACCGGUCAUCGGUCCUCUGCGCAUCAGCAAGCGGGACUCAUCCUCUCCAGCUUCGGCCUCGGGUUCAAGUCCCCCACCAAAUGCCCCGCUGCCCUACCCCGAUGACCGUCAACGUCCUCAAAUGCGCAGUUCGAGCUCAAAUGAUCGGUACCAUGAUGUCCGAUAUGGCUCGCCGCCAGCUGGCCCUGGUUCCGGCUCCGUGAGCCCAAAUGAUUACCCUUCAGCUUUGCGCCCGCGGGACGGUCGUGAGCCCCGUGUUGCAACACUGGCCGAGCGCAGAGGUGCCGCUCCUAAACCGCUACCUGAAUCACCAGGUCAUGAUGCGCCAGAUCGCGAAGCUCUAGCUGCGAGACCUUAUCCUCGUCCCCCGGCCGGACCUGUGCCUGCCCCACCAGCGGAGGCAACCACGAAUCAAUAUGACUACCGUCAACAAUAUUACCCGCCUCCCCAACGACAAAGUUCUGUUUCUGCGGCCCGUCCCCCAUCCAGUCUACAACCCCCGCAAGGUCCGCUCAACCGUAUCAGCUCAACCGCCUCGACAUCAACAACUCGCGCCCAGCGUGGCUCACCCCCUCCACCGGAGACACCAAUAGUCGGACCUGGCCAACAGCCCAGUUCUGAUAUCGAGGCUAGAUAUGCCGCGGCUGGUAUUGCCGGAACCGGCACCCUCCAGGGCAUCCAAUCGCACAACGUUGCAGCCCAAAGACGAGCGCAACAAUACUCAGGCCAGCAGCCGACGUUCCAGCAGCCCUCUCAGCCUGCUCAACCGCGUCCAUGGACUCCGACCGAGCAACCCGGGUCUCAACCCCAUGGCCCUCCCACUGUCUACCAGGGUGAUGACAUCGUGAGCGAGGAUAGCCACGCUGCUGCUCACCCUGGCCAGUAUCAUAGCCCACCGCCCCAGGUCCCAGGAGGAUACAGCAGCCCACCGCCACAGACCCAUCCAGGUCAAUACGGCUCACCGCAACCGCAAGCUCAUCCGGGUCAAUAUAACAGCCCGCCACCUCAAUCCCACCCAGGUCAGUACAACAGCCCACCACCGCAGGCCCACCCAAGUCAGUAUGCCGCGUCGCCAUCCCAACAUCACCCUUCUCCUGUGUCACAGCAGCAGCAGCAGCAACAACCAGGAAGGGUGCCAUCAAAUCCUUUGGAACAAGACAUGGAGCGGAUGCGCCUUAGCUCCUCCCCCCCUCCUGCCUACUCAAGUGUAUCUGGCCCCUCCCCUUCGAGUAGCUACCCGGUUGAAAAGCCAGGUGCUGCUGCUGCUAGUGGAGCUGCAGCCGCAGCUGGAGCUGCGAUGAUGCACCCAGCUCUAGCAAACCAGUCUCACCCUACUGUAGGAACUACAGCCUCUCCUGCGCCGUCAGUCUCAAAUCAAGACCAUCCUGCCUUUGCAAAUGACCCAAGACAGCAGCAGCAGACGCAACAACAGCAGCAGCAGCAACAGCACCAAGUGGGACAAUCCUCUCAAGCCUCUGUUGCUAGUGACUUGUCUGGGUUCCAUCAUCAGACAAUUCAAGUCACCUCUCCUGGACCUUCUGCCGCGACCCCUGCAUCUCCGCCACCUCUCCCCGAAGGAUGGAUUGCCCACAUGGACCCAGGCUCCGGGCAAUAUUAUUACAUUCAUCUGCCCACACAGUCCACCCAAUGGGAGUUCCCAAAAGGACCUACGCCGCUCAACCUCAACGAUACACCCUUGUCUCCAGUCGGAAGUGUAUACAGCGCCCACCCACUGGCUUCUCCAGGCCUUUCAGCUUUCGGCAAACAGCCUCUUGCAUCUCCUGGUGUGCCGAUGACCCCUGGCUUUGAAAGCUUACAGUCCCCUGUGGUGACUGGGUUCUCUGGGCCUCCGCCAAGCAGUGGAAUGGACUUGUACAAGACUGCGCCGACCAAUGGGGUCUACUUUGGGCCUUACUUACGCUACACCAAUAUGGACCUUGAGCGUGGUCUUUGGAUGGGGUCUAUUUUACUGGUUACGGAUGCCGCACAGCCACCAACAAUCCACAUGCAUCAAAGUAUGGACCUGUCACCAAACCCGCGCCAGCUCAAGGCGAACAAUAUCGCCGCUCACCAGCGGUGGACCUUCUACAAAUAUGAAAUUGAUCUGCAGAUGGACGAUGCCGGCCCUGCGAAGUGGACAUAUGCUAUCACUUCCCACCUGGGUUGCACUCGCUAUGAGUUCCUUGUCGCUGGUCGACAUGAAACUAACUGGCGAUUCAUUGCCACUUCUGGGAAUGACUUCUCGCUCAAUGUAAACGCUAAUGAGCGUGCUCGCCUGGGCGGUGCAGGUUACAUGUGGAAAGACAUCAUGCAGAAGCAUAAUGAGAUUGGCGGAUUCCACACCCAAUUAUGUCUCGGUGGCCAGAUUUAUGCAGACAGGAUGUGGAAGGAUAUUCCGUCGCUCAAGCAGUGGCUGACUAUUAGUGGAAAGGAAGCUCGAAAGAAUGCUCCUUGGACUGCAGCUCAACAGCAGGAUGUCUCCCAUGCAUACUUCCAUUACUACACCAGCCAUUUCGAUCAGCCCUAUAUCAGGGAAUCUUUUGCGCAAAUCCCUUAUAUCUGUCAGAUCGAUGAUCAUGAUAUCUUUGACGGGUUUGGCUCGUACCCUGAGCACAUGCAGUUCUCGAACAUGUUCAAGAACAUCGGCCGCAUUGGGAUUGAAAUGUAUCUCCUCUUCCAGCAUCAUACAACCCUUGAUCUCCUUCGCAAUGUGAACAACGAUAUGGAUCUUUUCACUAUCACUGGGACAGGCUGGCACUUCGUCAAGUACCUUGGACCCGGCGUUGUUGUCGUCGGUCCAGAUUGCCGCUCGGAGCGAAACCCUCAUCAGGUCAUGGCAGGUCCCACGUACCAGGGUCUCUUCCCGAAAAUCGCAAUGCUUCCGCCGAGUGUGCAGCAUUGCCUUUGGAUGGUGGCGGUGCCGCUCAUCUACCCUCGACUGGAAACGGCAGAGCAUAUUGCUCAAACCGUCGCUACAGGAAAACGUGCAGUGACCGGUGCUUAUAAUGUCCUGGGUAAAGUCACAAGCUCUGUGGCUGGCGUGGUAGGUGCCAAGGAUUUUGUUGGCUCUGGCUUCGACUCGGUGAAGCGGGCUGUGGGAAAAUCAGGCCUGAUGGGCGGCAUUUUGAGUCCAUUUGGAGAAUUCAAUUCCAUGGAUGAGUUGCGAGAUCAGUGGACGCAUGAAUCUAAGGAUCUCGAGCGCACAUACCUUAUCCGCACUCUCCAAGGCAUAGCACAUCAAAAGUCUCUCCGUAUGACCUUCCUCUCCGGUGCUGUGAACGUGUGCGGCGCUGGUCUUGUCCACGACCCUUCAAACCCCUCGGAUCACAAGACCAUGUACCAGCUCAUCGCCUCUCCCGUCGUCAACACCCCUCCCCCAUCAUACAUCAUUAAGCUCUUGCACAGCCAUAACAAGCCACUGUACAUCCCCGCAAAUGGUCACCGAUCAUCCCCUCAGCCCAGCGACACCAAGGAGGACAUGAUGGAGAUAUUCCAGACAGACGUCAAUGGUCAAGCCCGCGAGCAUCGCAAGCUCAUGGGUCGUCGGAAUUAUGUUGCCAUUGUUGCUUAUGACCCGGAGACUGUGAGCUCGCCCUAUGGGCAACUGCACCCUGGGUCACAGAGCAAGCUGAGCCUUGCCGCGGACUUUAUGGUACAGGGCGAAGGAGCUCUUGGAAACGUGGUCAAGUUCGGUCCUGUGAUCGUGCCGAGCUUGGAACAUGGAAAGUGA